AUGUGCCAGUCUACAUAUAUAAAUCAUCCGAUAGCUAAGCAAAGCAGUGUGCAAAGCUUUCUUAUCGCUUUUCAUACGUACGUUUAGGCAGCAGCGGUGGCCGCAGUAGUAGACUCUUCGGUCUCCUGAUCAGUCGCCGUGCGCUGUGCGGGUUCGAGUCCCGUCCCAGGAGAAAUUUUUCUCUUGGCUAUGGAUGUUGUGAUUGUCCGUAGGUGGUAGACGGUCUCUGACUGUCGAACGCAGAUGUACCACCCGGCGGAUCUCGGAGGCGGAGCCAGAAUGUGUGCAUGUUGCAUGAACACGUUUUCCCUCGCCGGAGUCCGUGUG